GAUGACCAGCGCUCACCCCCCUGAUUGUACACUUGGUUUGUUCCAAUGAUCGGCGUUGAACUCACGGCAUCAGGAAGUGAAGGGCGGUGGUUGAGAAACGAAGCAGCAGCUGAUUAGCUUUAAAUUAUCUGUUCGUAGAAAGAAGUAAACUAAAACAAUCACAAUGUCGAGCAAAAGGGCCAAGGGAAAGACCACCAAGAAGCGCCCUCAGCGCGCCACCUCCAAUGUCUUUGCCAUGUUUGACCAGUCCCAGAUUCAGGAGUUCAAAGAGGCCUUUAACAUGAUCGACCAGAACCGGGACGGCUUUGUCGACAAAGAGGACCUUCACGACAUGCUCGCCUCACUGGGAAAAAAUCCUAAUGAUGACUACCUGGAAGCCAUGAUGAACGAAGCCCCUGGGCCAAUCAACUUCACCAUGUUCCUCACCAUGUUUGGAGAGAAGCUCAACGGCACAGACCCUGAGGAUGUGAUCAGAAAUGCAUUUGCUUGCUUCGAUGAGGAGGGAACAGGCUUCAUUCAGGAGGAUUACCUCAGGGAGCUACUCACAACAAUGGGUGACCGGUUUACAGACGAGGAGGUGGACGAGCUCUUCAGGGAGGCUCCCAUCGACAAGAAGAACAACUUCAACUACGUGGAGUUCACGCGCAUCCUAAAGCACGGUGCCAGGGAUAAGGACGAUUAAAGCACCUAAACCAGAUUGUUUCCUCUGCCGUCAGUUAGAUCACCGUGCUGCAUGUCUCGACUUUACUGUAAAGACCCCGUUAAUACAAACCAAAGCAAUAACUUUC